AUGAUGGCCGAUUUCGACGCAAUCUACGAGGAGCAGGAGCUCUCGGAGGAAAACCUUGAGGAGGCGCACGUGCAGAUGGUUCCGGAUCCGAUUGUGAUCCGUGGAGCUGGCAAUAUGACAGUGUUUGGCUUAAGCAAUCGAUUCAACGUGCAAUUUCCAGCCGGUCUGGUAUCGCGCGUUGCACCGGAAGAGUUCAAAGCGACCGUGCUGCGGAUCAAUGCCGUGCUAAAAAAGACGCUACCCGUCAACGUGAAGUGGCUGUUCUGUGGUUGCGUUUGCUGCUGCUGCACAUUAGGAUGUUCUCUAUGGCCUGUGAUAUGUUUAAGUAAGAGGACGCAGCAUACGCUAAACAAACUGCUCGAGUGGGAAAACAGUCACCUUUAUCACAAGCUCGGACUGCACUGGCGCCUCAGCAAACAGCAGUGCGAUUCGAAUUCGAUGAUGGAGUACGUGCUACUAAUAGAAUUCAUACCGAAAACGCCAAUCUACCGGCCCGACUAA